CUUGCGCUCUGAACAGUUGUCAUGACAACUGUACAGCAUGUGCCUAAAAAAACAAGUGCUUGACCCAUCAACGAGAAGCGGAGGUUCGUCAGUCGACAACUACGACGCCAUCUUAUUGCUUUAAGGUAGAGAGAGACAGAGACAGAUAGACAAGGUUGCCAUCAUAGCUGGGAAUUAUGAGCGGAGCUAAAGCCCGCAUCGACCCGCCUGUUGCUGCUGAGAAUGUCUCGAGCGCCGGGCACAGUUCCGCGGCUCCUGCGCGGGAGCGCAAAACAAAUGGAGGGGUUCUGAAGAGACUCAAGUCUCGGCGAAGCCAGGUUGAUAGUAGGCCCGUCACAGAAGACGAUCUGCGGACACAAGUUGGCCACAUCACCCCUGAAGAGGUCCUAGGAUUGCGGGUUGCUACACGGGGGUACCUGUGUAAACCAGAGGACAACAUCUUCAACAUAGAUUUCAUUCGCUUUAAAAUCAGAGACCUGGAGACAGGGACUGUGUUGUUUGAAAUCGCCAAACCACCUCAUACGGAGGAAGACGAGGAGAAUGGAGAGGGAGACAUGAGUGCCGGACGUUUCGUACGCUACCAGUUCACAGCAGCAUUCCUACAACUGAGGACAGUGGGAGCCACAGUGGAGUUUACAGUUGGCACCCGGCCUCUGAACAGCUUCAGGAUGAUUGAGAGGCACUACUUCAGGGAUCACCUCCUGAAGAGCUUUGACUUUGACUUCGGCUUCUGUAUCCCAAACAGCCGCAAUACCUGCGAACACAUCUACGAGUUCCCUCAGUUGUCCGAGAGCUUGGUUCGUCAGAUGGUGGAACAUCCCUACGAGACGAGAUCGGACAGCUUCUACUUUGUCGACAACAGACUGGUCAUGCACAACAAGGCAGACUACGCUUAUAACGGGGGCAGGCAUUGAGUGUGUUUGUGUGUGUGUGUGUGUGUGUGUGUGUGUGUGUGUGUGUGUGUGCGUGCAUGCAUGCUGUGCCCAAGCCUAUACUCACACAAACAGACUCUCCCCCGAGUGUUGAUUACUGUAAGUUAAAAAGCCGUUAUUGUCAUGGUAUAGCUGUAUAGUAUGGAAAAGUUUAAAAACAGCAGGACAGAGCCGCAUAGAGCCACAUAGACUACUGGCAGUAGUAUGGCAAAACUCUGCCAAUAGUGCUUUCUCUGUACCACCAAAAGGAAGCAGGUUGAACCCCAAUGAUGUGUCUCAACGAACCAAAUGGUUGAUUUUAGUGUGUAGUUGAACAGUUGAUGUACUGUGCCCUCCUUGGCUUUUAGGGGAAAGCAUAUUCCCCACUUUUGUUGAACCAUGAGAAGCACUAGUUUCCCACCAAAUUCAGCUUUUUAGGAGUGAGUCAUACCCGUAAAGGACCCAACAAUGACCACACACACAGGCAGGCAGACAAACAAUCUUUCUCUCUUUCUCUCCCUAUUUCUAUUUCUCUCUAUCGUAACCUGCUGUGCUCAGGCCCACACUCCACUCUGGAAAUAUAAUUAAGAUGAGAAUGGGGAAGACAUCCACACACUCACACACUCACUGUCAAAUACACAUGUUGUGGGGUUGCUUUGCUGCAGGAGGGACUGAUGCACGUCACAAAAUAGAUGGCAUCAUGAGGAAAGAAAAUUAUGUGGAUAUAUUGAAGCAAAAUCUCAAGACAUCAGUCAGGAAGUUAAAGCUUGGUCGCAAAUGGGUCUUCCAAAUGGACAAUGACCCCAAGCGUAUUUCCAAAGU